AGUCAUCUAUACAUUAGAGAGAAAAAUCUUAAGAUGGUGAGACAAUCAUCAACACUGUGGAUUUUGGGAUUACUUGUUGUGGCAUCGGCGGCAAGCCAUGCAAAUGCAGUGUCCUGCCCACAAGCCAUCACAAUGCUGCUUCCCUGCCAAGAUUAUCUGGUGAAUCCCUCGGCUAAGCUGACGGUGCCGUGUUGUCAGGCGGCUAGCAAGCUCAACAGCUUGGUCCAUGGCAAAGCUGACCUCAAAGACAUGUGUACCUGUCUAAAGCAAGCCGCUGCCGCCUUGCAUGUUAUCGGUGAUCGAGCUAAAUCUCUCCCUGACCAAUGCCAUAUACAAGUUCCCGUGCCUCUUGACCCUAAUACCGAUUGUUCUCGCCUAUGAUCCGUGUCUGGAAUGAGAAGAAGCAAUCCGUGCUAGUUUCAUAGAAUUGAUGGCAGAAAUUAGUUAGGCCAAAUUAC